AUGAAUAAAUUUAUAUUAUUUGUAUUAAUACUAAUUAAUGGGGAACUAUAAAAAAUAUAUGAAGAAAUGAUUGAGAACUUUUAAGGAAAUAAUGGUAAAAAGAAUAAGAAAUUUAGGUUGGAAUAUAUAACAUGGUUAGGCUCAAUAAGAAAUUUGUAAUUCUAAAUUUGUAUUUGGUGGAUUAUAAAGUUAAACAAUAAUUAGUAAGGUAAUUCCAGUUCCGAAACAUUCUUACAUAAAGAUUAGUUUGGAUAUUUGGAGGUAAUAUGGAUGGGUUUAUAUACAGUUAUGAAUAGUUGGGAUAAGUAAAAAUAUAUUUGGAUCAGAAUGAAGUAUUAAAAGAAUCAUAAAUGGAGAAAUGUAGUGAAAAUAAAAAUGUGAUUCAAGCAAUUACAUCUGAAUUUGUUCAUAGUGGAUCUUCGAUAAUAAUAGUAAUGAAUGGAGAUGGAUAGGAGAAUGAGAAUAAAGUAUGAAUAAAAUUUAUUAUUAGUGGGGAUUUCGUAAUUUAGUACUUAUGAUAGAAGAAUGUCCAGGAUUAUGUUAAGUUUGUGAUUAUAUAAAUGUAGAUGAUUAAUGUUAAAAAUGGAUUGAAUUUUAGAAUAGUUGGACAAGUACUCAUAUAAAUUUUAUGGGAUAAGACGGUUGGAUAUCAUUGGGUGGUAUAAAUGGUGCUACAAAUUGUGGAGGUAUAAUAAUAUAAUUAUUAGAAUAGGAGUACCGUUGAUAGGAGGUUACAAAAAAUUUGGAUAAAGGUAAGGUUUGAGAAAGAUAAUAAAAUUGGUACCACAUUAUAAAUUAAGACUGAAUGUUUUAUGGGCUAAGAUUGACUCUUGGGAUAAUGAGAAAGGAUUAAUAUUAAUUGAUGGAAAGGAGGUUUGGAGUUAAAGUUUUAAUAAUAAUGAUGGAUAUGGAAUAAAGUUAUGUGGUAAUUCUGAAGCUAAAUAUCUUACUCUUUUUAAAAGGAUUGAUUUAACAGUUAAUCAUACAGGUGAUUAAGUUUAGAUAGAUUUUUUAUCUACUUUAGAUUAAGGUGGUGAUGAUGAAUCUUUUGGUUUAAGGGACUUAUAAUUAUUUUAUAAUCCAUGUUCUAAUUCAUGUGAUUUAUGUAGAGGUCCAGAAUAAAAAGACUGUAUAAGUAUUUAAAAUAAAUUGAUAUAAAUUUUAGAAUGUUCUAAUAAUUAAUUAUUGUAAUCUUUUUAUGGAUGUUAAACUUAGGUUGCAUUUCAUUUAUUAUAAGCUAAUUUUUAUCAAGAUAGAUUUACAAAUUCUGAAGGGUGGAUUUUAAAGGAGACUAAAUCAAAUACAAUGAUUACUAUUUGUUAGUAAAAGACAAUCUUAGGAGGUAAUAGUGUUUUAGGAGCUGAAGGAAUAGCAGAGAAAAGAUUUAUAAUACCUCUUCAUUAAAAAUUAAGAGUUUAAAUGACUUUAUAUAAAAUUGAUUCAUGGGAUGGAGAAAUUUUAAUUGUUGAAGUUGAUGACUAAAUUAUUUGGUAAGAAUAAGAUUACCAACCAAAUGAUGUUAGUUUAUGUGGAUCAGAUUUUUUUGAUAAGAUAAUUUAUGUUGAUGUUGUUAUUCAACAUAAUUAAUCAGAUACACUUCUCAGAAUAAGAUCUACUUUAGAUGAAGAUGCUGAAAAUGGUAAUAAAAUAUAUGAAUUUAUAGAAUCAUGGGGAUUUAGAGAUUUUAGUUUAAUGUUUGAAGUUUCUGAAUUAGAAAAUAUGAUAAUAAUAUUUCAGAAACUUCUUUCUUUGGAAAUAAUAUUAAUUAUAAUUAGUUUGUUAUGA